AGCCUUUCUGGUAUAAAGAGAGGGCGCGCCGCCCAGCCCGUACAUCUACCGUAUCCUCGGCGUCUGCCCGCGCCUCGUCCAUGUCUUCACGCUGAGGAGGGCGCCGUCCCAUGGCUGCCUGGUCGCACGCCGGCGCCUGCGGCCUCCGGGCCGUCCUCUUUCUGUGGGCGCUCGGCGGCCGUAUUGCCCCCAGUGCGGCGUUGUCCAAGCACUCGGUGCGCGAAGGCUCGGAAGAGGUAGCUGGAAGCUAUCCCCCUCAGAGCUGGAGCCUUGGGGAAGACCAUCUCGGGGAUCAGUCGGAGCUGUCAGGGUGGUCGCAGAGCGUACACGUCGUCUCCGAUGUUUUGGAGCAUGGGUCGGACCAGGAUGAGGCGUCGGAAAAGGUGGAGAUCACGGAGAGAGAGACCGUCUCCUCGUCGUUCCCUGCUGGGCCGUGGCAGAAGGAUAUACAGGCUAUGGAGCAGUGGCCAGCGGCGCUGAAGGCUGUCAAAGACAGGAUGGGCACGCCGACCAAGGCAGGUAUCCUCUACGUGCAGAUGGGCCCGUGGCCGCCGUACAUCCAGUAUGUGGUGAAGAGCGCGGCGGCCAACAACGGCACGACGUUCUACUUCCUGGGCCCGCACAUCGAGGAGCUGGACGCAUGCGGUAACUGCGCGUGGCUUCCCUUCGACAUCAACUUCGCAAAGGCGCGCAUCCAAGAUAAUUUGGGGGUCUCCCUGAGCGAGAUGGACCACCUGUAUCCUGCGAAGCUGUGCGACCUGAAGCCCGCGUGGCCCACGCUCUUCCCCGAGCUCACCUCCAGGCACGAGUGGAUCGGUUUCGCGGACCACGACAUCAUCUUCGGAGACCUGGACUCCGAGAUUAACGCCGUGAGCCAGGAUGCUGAUUUACUGGUGCCCAAGGGCUUCUACCCGCAGCCGCUUGCGAACGGCAAUCUAAUGCUUUUCCGCACCACGAAGAAGAUGCUGCAGGCGUUCAAGAACGCGGGCAAUUGGGACACCGUCAUCCGAGACCACAACUACCUGGGUUUCGAUGAGUGGUGGGGCGUGAAACCCAGCAUGAUGGAGAUCCUCGUGGACAUGCAUCUCAAGGACAAGAUCACAGUAGCGCCGACGAUCAGGCCCUUGAUCCAGGACUUCACCGUGACCCACCCCGGCGGCAUGUACGGCGCCGGCAUGGACCAGAACGCCACGGUUCAGAUCUAUUGGGCUCACGGCCAUCUUGCGGCCAAGCGUCGGGGCAUGUGCAUCUGCCCAGACCCCAACGCGUGGCAGUUUGCCUUCAUGCCGCUGAGUGGCUGCUCCGAGUGCAUGCGGAAGCCCGAGGGUGGGCUGAUGCCGGAGGUCGUCGUGAACCGCACCGUUGAGGCGCUGGGCUUCCAUUUCCAGGCCUGGAAAAAGAAGAAGUCAUGGAAGUCGUGCAGCGGGGUGCAGGACAACUGUGCGGGAUGGAUGCCGUCGUGCAAGGAGAAGCCUGGCUUCCACUUCGGCGUGCGGGGAUUCAGCUGCUGGGGCACCCCGCCCCCGGCACCGCCGCGCGUGCAGGAGAAGAGCAACCCCUUCUUCGAGGAGCUGCAGCAGCUCCGGCGGCAGAUCGCCAAGGCCAGGGAGUCGGAGGAGAAGCUGCGUGCGCGGGUUGACAAGCUCACGGACGCGAAGGACGCAUUCAAGGACGAGCGCGAGGAGCUGCUCAUGAAGGCGCGCGAGGCAGAGUCGAAGAACUUGGAGAUGGCUCAGCGGGUGAAGGAGCUCACGGCGUGGCAGCAGCAGCAGCAGCGUCAGUCGGAGGCACGGUUCAUCCAGGACCGCCCUUCCAGCGAGGCCCGGCAGGCGGCUCCCGUCGCUAUGAGCUCCGGGCACCACGAGUUUGCCACCAGCGAUAAGCAGUCCUCCUCUUGGUUGAAAGGGCUAUUCAAUCGCUGAGGGGCCCGCUAGGCGCAGUUGGUAGUUCCAAGCCACCUGCGGAAUGCCAGGCAUGAUGCUCCAGGGAUCUUCUGUCGGAACGUGUCGGUGAGCAGGAGAGGGAGAG